AUGGGGUGGGCAAUUGCACUACACGGUGGCGCCGGAGAUAUACCACUCGCACUUCCACCAGAGCGUCGACUUCCUCGCGAGGCAGCUCUCCACCAGUGCCUCCAGAUUGGUGUCGCCGCUCUGAAAGCCCAAAAGCACCCCCUCGAUGUUGUCGAACUUGUGGUCCGGGAACUGGAGAACCAUCCUAACUUUAAUGCUGGGAAAGGUUCUGUUUUAACCAGCAGGGGCACUGUUGAGAUGGAAGCUUGUAUCAUGGAUGGAAAUACAAAGAAAUGUGGAGCUGUUUCUGGUCUCACUACUGUUGUUAAUGCCAUUUCUCUAGCACGAUUGGUCAUGGACAAGACUCCUCACAUAUAUCUUGCAUUUGAUGGAGCUGAGGCUUUUGCCAGGGAAGAAGGUGCUGAGACUGUUGAUUCAAGUCGUUUCAUUACUCCAGAAAAUAUUGAGAGGCUGAAGCAGGCAAAAGAAGCUGACAGAGUCCAGAUCGAUUACACACAACCCCUUCAGAAAGAUGAGAAAAGUGAGAGUCCAAAUGUUAACGGAGAUAGCCAAAUUGGAACUGUUGGAUGUGUGGCUGUUGAUGAAAAUGGGAACUUAGCCUCAGCAACCUCUACUGGUGGGUUGGUAAACAAGAUGGUGGGUAGGAUUGGAGACACGCCCAUAAUAGGGGCAGGGACAUAUGCCAACAAUCUCUGUGCAGUUUCUGCUACAGGCAAAGGGGAAACAAUUAUGCGUGGGACUGUUGCUCGUGACGUGGCUGCUCUUAUGGAGUAUAAAGGUCUCUCUCUCAAGGAAGCAACAGCUUACGUUGUUGAGUGUAAUCCAAGAGGGGAUGUUGGGAUGGUUGCUGUGUCUGCCAAGGGAGAAGUCACCAUGCCAUUUAAUACAACUGGGAUGUUUCGUGCUUGUGCUACUGAAGAUGGGUAUUCAGAAGUAGGAAUAUGGCCUUCAGUGCAAGAUUGA